AUGGCGGAUAAUUUAGUUGCUAAUAUAUUUGUUAGUGCUCUCGAAGAAGCUACUCAAAAAUUAGUUGGUAGCGAAAAGAAGGAUAAAAAGAAAGUUGAUAAAAAGAAAAUUGCUUCGAAAGAGAAAGCUGAAGCAAAAAAAGAUGAAGAAGGAGAUAUCUUGAUAGAACUUGAUUUAAUUAAUAAUAAAUUGUCGGAUAAUUUAAAUAUACUGGCUAAUAUACAGAUGUUUGAGGUUGAAAGUGUGAACGAAAAAGUUUUGUCAUUGCCUGCUUCAAAGAUUAAAGAGAAGGAAAAAGUUGCUUCUAAAUUAGAAAAGGAAGUAGAAAUCAGCAAGGAGAGCUCAGAGGCUAAGAAAACUGAAGAACCUGUUGAGGGAAAGGUUCAGGAGAAAAUAGGAGCCGAUAAGGAAGAUAUUUCAGAAGAAGAGCGUACCAAAAGUUUAUCGCAAAGAAGGCCCUCACAGCAACAGUUGGAUAACGUUAAUUUACAGGAUAUGGAACUUUUAGAGCUUGUAAAUCGUUUAAGGACUGUUGAAGGGUUUUUAACUGAACAGCCUGUUGAGGUUGGGAAUGAGGAGAAGAAUGAGGAGGAAGGACGAAGGGAAAAGCCUGUUGAAGAAAAAAUUGUCCAAGAAGCUGUCUCUUCGGAGAAAGAAGAGGGUUUAGUUAAUGGAACGGGAAUUAUUAAAGGCGUUCAUGAAAAUCAGAAUAUUAUUGCUGAUAUAGCCGAACUAGAAGCAAAACGUCAAUUAGAGAUUGCACAAAAAGUGAAGCAACAUCGUGAUGAAAUUGCAGCAAAACUACAGCAGCAGCAACAACAAAGUAGCCGUUCACCUUCCCGUAGAAGGGCAGAAAUCCAAAUUGUAGUUGUUGAACAAGAAAGGACCCCAGACCGUAAACCAGAACAACACCCACCAGCACAGCCUAUCCCCUAUGGAGGAAAACCGAAAAUAAACAAAAUAACUUUGGGGGUAUUUCUGAAUCUUCCACCUCAUGUAGUUGCUUUUAAUGUGUAUCUAUUGGAAACUAAUAGUUUGAAUGUUGAAAAAAAUAUUAAAAUGUGUAGUAAAGGAAAGUAUAAAAACAAAGAAAAAGAAGAGACUAAGAUGCUUCAAAAAUCAGAAGAGAAUAAAUCGCUGCAGAAUAAAAAGUUGCUUCAAAAAUCAGAAAAACAACCAGAAACAGAUAAGAAUGAACAAAGUUUAAUAGAAACGGAAGGCUAUUUUACCUCUUCCGGAGAGAAUAAAAGGGAAGGAAUUGAAGAGGAAAAGAAUUUGGAUUCUCAGUUAUUAGUCAGAUUAAAGCCUGAAGUUACUUUGGAAAAAUCCGAAGCUGAACCUCUUUCUGACAUUUCUGAACGUACUGAGGACAUUUCUGAGAGGACGGGAGAUUCUGGAAAAAGAGAUCAGCUAAGACGAAAGGCUAGUUUUAUGAGGGAUUAG